AUGAGCUACUACAGCGGCUACUAUGGAGGCCUGGGCUAUGGCUAUGGAGGCUUUGGGGGCCUGGGCUAUGGCUAUGGAGGCUGCGGCUGUGGAUGUAAUAGCAUCCGCAGACUGGGCUAUGGCUGUGGUUGUGGAGGUUAUGGAUAUGGCUCUGGUUACGGUGGCUAUGGAUUUGGCUCUGGCUUUGGAGGCUACGGUUAUGGCUGUUGUCGCCCUUCAUGCUGUGGAGGGUAUGGAUUCUCCAGCUACUAUUGA